CUUCGGCUGAGUUUCCAUUCAGCCCGUGGAGAAUCUGAGCACUAUGGCUGCUACUGGAAGUUUUCGUAUGGUGUCCGAGGAGGAGCAGGCAUUACGGGCUAAGCUUGAACAUCUGACUGUGAAAGACCACGGGCCAGUGUAUGGACCUUGUAUGAGACUGCCGGAUCAUACAAAACAGAAGGCUAAAGAUGAGCUGAACGAAACAGAUGAGAAGAGAGCGUCUGCUAUAAAGGAACUCAGAGCCAUGAUUAAAGACAAGGCAGGCCAAGGAGAUGAGGUGGCCAAAACUGUGCAAGACAAAUUCAGCAAGGAGCCUGACUCUCUACUCCUGAGAUUCAUACGUGCGCGCAAGUUUGACGUGGCCAGAGCACACGAGCUCAUGAAAGGAUAUGUGCGUUUUCGGCGAGACUAUCCUGAGCUGUUUGAGAAUUUAACCCCGGAGGCCGUACGCAGCACUAUUGAAGCCGGUUACCCACGAAUCCUCUCCACCAGAGACAAGAACGGCCGAGUGGUGCUGCUCUUCAACAUCGACAACUGGGACCUGGAGGAGGUCACCUUUGAUGAGACCCUGCGUGCCUACUGUGUAAUCCUUGAGAAACUUCUAGAAAACGAAGAGACCCAAAUCAACGGCUUCGUCCUCAUUGAGAACUUCAAGGGCUUCACAAUGCAGCACGCAUCUGGAAUCAAACACACCGAGCUGAAGAAGAUGGUGGACAUGUUACAGGACUCUUUUCCUGCCCGGUUUAAGGCUGUGCAUGUGAUCCACCAGCCCUGGUACUUCACGACCACCUACAACGUGGUGAAGCCCUUCAUGAAGAGCAAACUGCUGGAGAGGGUUUUUGUUCAUGGAGAUGAGCUAGAUGGCUACUUGCGGGACUUCGGAGCUGAAAUCCUUCCUCCAGAUUUCGAUGGAACGGGUCCCGCUUGUGACGGCAGAGAAACAGCCAUCAAACUGUUCGGAUCUGAAGACACAGCCCUUUAAAUGACCCACACAACACAAGUAUUUUGAUGAACGUAUGAUCCAGACGUUUAAUAGAAACUAUAUAAAUUAAAGCCUUACAGAUGUAUAGUUUAACAUUUUUAACUGCCUUAUUACCAUGAAAGUAUUAUGAGCAGAUCGCAGAACAGUAUCGUAGAGAUGAAAUAUUGCACAUUUCACUUGCCGAUACUUACAAUUCUUACUGUUAUUGUUUUUUAAAAGAAACUUUGCUGAAGAGUUUUUCAUUCUCUGCCUUGAAAAUGGUGGUCGAGUUUAUAUAGUGUUUUGUACUAGUCAUGUGUUCAAAAUAAGUGUAGUAGAGAAUUAAAUGCAUAAACUUGAUUACAAGCCUUAACCAAGGAAAAAGUUUUAGACUGAAUGUUGUGUGAAGUAGAUGUUGUGGACGUCGUUUUAACCCAUGUUGGUUUUCCAGCCUGUCAAGUCUAAUUGAUAUUUUCAAUAAAAUGGCCAAAUGGUUCA